AGCCCUGAGAUUUAAGAAUGGGCAAUUUAGUUGUCACCUGAGUGCAGGUGCCCGAAGGAGUCAUAGGAUCCCACUGAAGAUAGCAAUGUUUUCCACAGUGGUUUAGCUAGAAAUUUAUUUCUGCCAUCCUCUGCAUUAAAAACAUAUGUUUCAGAUCUUUACCAAUAACCAUGAUGUGUGAUUGUUACCAUCAGUGAUCAUCCCUUCCUCUGAUUUAUCACCAUUUCAUCCACACCAGCAUCACAGCCCUCCUUGUCUCCUCCAAAGAGCAUUGCCUAUACCAGCCCCACCUCCACCCCCUGCAGCGACGGCUGCUCCACCACUCCCCUUACCUCCAGCCCAUCUGUGAACAAGAGAAAAGAGAUAGAGAGGAAGACAUCAGACAGCUCCAGAUAUACAGCUGAGCAUCUAACAAGCAGAAACCUGAAUCCUCACACAUGCAUCACUCAGCAUCUUAUUCUCGACAAUCCAGAAUAUGAAUAAUACGCAGGAAAAGGUGUUUACUGAUAGCACACAGUAAUGGCACUUAGCAUCAUGACCCUAUGUAUAUACACACUCUUUAUCUGGCUGUGCACAAUUGCUGGCCAUCUAUGUGACCAAUGCAGAGAAGGUGCCGUUCUCACGAAUGCAGCUAUAUCACCUAAUCUGCAGAAGACACACCUAAAGAGAGUGCCAAAUGCUAGAACUAUGUCUGACUGCAUUAUGGCUUGUUGUAACCAUUCCAGAUGUGACCUCUCCUGGAUGUUGGGCAGGCAAUGCUAUAUAGUGAACUGUCAACAUAAAGAGAGUUGUGAACCCCAAAAAGUAGACCACAUGCAGACUUACUUAACUUUCGUCUUGAGACCAUCUCCAAGAUUUAUUCCAUUUGCACUCUAUGAGAAUAUUCCAACCAAUCAAGAAUAUUCAUUGACUGAUCAAGGUGAGGAGGAGGAGGAUAUGGCCAGUUUUAAAGAUCUCUCUUCACUGAUUAAGAAUCCGAACUUUGAAGAUCUAACCGACUACGCAGAUGACUACGUCGGCCCCCAGUUAGAUUUACUUCAUCUAAAUGCUAAGGAAGGGGACAAAGUAAGACCUGACUUGGACUACCUAGGUUGGAUUUUACCUGACCUUAAGAAGAACACCACUACCGUAGAAAUUGGCAGACGCGAGGAUGAUGAUGAGGUAAUAGAGCCCCCAAGGGAAGAGUCCUUGACUAAAGGGAAUGUCAACCACAUACCUGAGACACCAUCAGGAGAUUCAUUUUCAACUACAACUGAGAUGGUGUUGACAAGUCCAGUGGAAACGACAGAGGCCUUUGCAGGAGAGCUUCCAACUCUUUUACCUAAUUCCACUUUGGAGAAAUAUGUCUCAUCAGAAGUUCUUGGAAAAAACGAAAAACAAGGAACUUUUCAGUCUGUCCUAGAGCCACUGGGGAACACAGUAUAUAUGAAUACCACUGCAGCGACUGAUCCCUCUGUCACAAAUAACGCAGUAUACACCUCUAUGGCAGACAGUCCAGGGAAUGAACUCACAGUGACUACUGCAGGCAACAUUGAAGUGACUUUGCCAACUCAUGAAGUUCAGCUUAACGUGUUUGUGAGCCCUGAAGCACAAGCAGAUGCGCCUUAUACGUAUGAUUGGAAGCUGAUAUCACAACCUGCCGCUUUUCAGGGUGAACUGAAAAUGUCAAAUACAAGAUCACCUACACUGUCCAAACUUACAGCAGGCCUGUAUUCACUGAGUGUGUCUGUGUCGAAAGAAAAUGUGGUUGGAGAAGGAUUUGUUAACAUUACUGUCAAGCCAGCUGCCAGAGUUAAUCUGUCUCCAGUUGCGGUUGUAUCUCCAAAAAAGCAGGAAGUAUCAUUCCCUACUACAUCUGCCUAUAUUGAUGCCAGUCAAAGCACAGAUGAUGAUAAAGUAGUAGCAUACCACUGGGAACAGAUUGGAGGAUCAUUACAAGAAAUGAAGACAGGAGAAGAUAAUCCAGUUUUGCAUCUAUCUAACCUGGUACCUGGAAACUAUACCUUUAGGUUAACUGUGGAGGAUACUGAUGGAGCCACAAAUUCUACUGACGCCUAUGUUAUAGUGAACAAGGUUGUGGACAACCCACCCAUUGCCAAUGCUGGACCUAAUCAACUCAUAACCCUUCCUCAGAAUCACAUCUUUCUGAAUGGUAAUCUGAGCAGCGAUGACCAUCAGAUCAUCAGCUAUGAGUGGUCUUUAAGUCCCAGUAGUACAGCAAGGCAAAUGACCAUGAAGGGUGUGCGGUCUCCCUAUCUUCAAGCUACAGCUAUGCAGGCUGGGGAAUAUACCUUUCAGUUGACCGUGACUGAUUCUUCUAACCAGCAAGCCACUGCUCAAGUCACUGUCAUUGUGCAACCAGAGAAUAACAGUCCACCAGUUGCAGAUACUUGUCUUGAUAAAGAAAUAAUUUUCCCAGUGGAAUCUACAACAUUGGAUGGAAGUAAAAGUAGUGAUGACCAUGGCAUUGUUUUCUAUAAAUGGGAAGAAAUCAGUGGACCAUCUGCAGUGACCAUUCAGGACAGUGAUAAACCAGUGGCUGUUGUCACUAACCUUCAGCUUGGUACAUACCACUUUCGGUUGACAGUCAAAGACCAUCAAGGAUUAGAGAGCUCAGCUGUUCUCUCAAUAACGGUUAAAGAAGGAAAAAACAGCCCUCCUAAAGCUAAUGCUGGUGGGACACAUGUUCUUGUGCUUCCUAAUUGUUCCAUUUCACUAGAUGGAUCGAAAUCUGUUGAUGACCAGGGUAUACUGUCAUAUGAAUGGACAAGAGAUGGCCAAAGCCCCGCAGCUGGGGAUGUGAUUGACUCAUCUGGGAAUAAACCAGUUCUACAACUCACCAAUCUGGUAGAAGGAAUAUAUCUAUUUCAUUUGAAGGUCACAGAUGCCAAAGGAGAUUCUGAUAUUGACACAGCAACAGUGGAAGUGCGUCCUGAUCCAAGAAAAGAAAACUUGGUGGAGCUGAUUUUAGAAGUGGCUGUCAGUCAGCUAAGUGAACAACAGAAAGACACUUUAGUGAGACAGCUGGCUGUCCUGCUCAAUGUUCUGGAUUCUGACGUGAAGGUUCAGAAGAUACAAGCACAUUCAGUUAUAAGCACUGUGAUUCUCUUCUAUGUUCAGAGUGGUCAUCCUGUUAAAAUAAGAAAGUCAAUCGAUGUUGCACACACACUACAGAAGCAGCUUUUAAAGGAAAAGGCAGAUUUUCUAUUUUACAACGUGCUCAGAGUGGACACAGCUGUGUGUCUUCUAAAAUGUUCGGGCCAUGGGCACUGUGAUCCAAUAACAAAAUCCUGUAUUUGCUAUCCAUUUUGGAUGGAGAACUGGUUACGAAGAUAUGUCAGUGAUGGAGAGAGCAAUUGUGAAUGGAGUGUUCUCUACAUCAUUGUACUAACAUUUGCCUUGGUUGCAUUCCUAAUGGGACUUACAUGGGUCUGCAUGUGUUGCUACAAAAGCCGCAAAAGAACAAAAAUACGGAAAAAAACGAAGUAUACAAUUCUUGAUAAUUUUGAUGAGCAAGAAAGAAUGGCAUUAAGACCCAAGUAUGGUAUAAAGCACAGAAGCACAGAACAUAACUCCAGCCUUAUGGUUUCAGAGUCUGAGUUUGACAGUGACCAAGACACAAUUUUCAGUCGAGAUAAAGUGGACCAAGAUAACCCCAAAAAUGUUUCCAGUGGUCCCCUCAAAAAUGGUGCACCUUUUAAUUUCAGCUCAAAGUGCAGAUAAACUUUUGUCAGUGGGUAAAUAAAUGGAUUUUUCAGGAAAAUAUAUUUGACCAAAACCAAGGAUAUUAAUGUUUACAAUUUCAUUGCUUACAUAUUCAAGUAAAUAUCAACAUUUGAACACCUAUUACCACUUACACAGAUAUAACCUACAUACAAACUUGAGUAAGGGUGCGACCCCAUUAUAAUUAUGCAAUACAGCUGCCGGACAGACCGCGGUUUUCAGUCCGGCAAUAAAAACUGAUACGGUUAAAAAUGAGCCGACUCGAGUCACUAUCUGAUUUAGUUCGGCUCAUUUAAAUGAAUGGGAUACGCCAGGGAUACGGUAGGGUCAGGUUUGAUUGGAUCCCACAGCUGCUUUGUAUAAUUGUAGUAAGAUUGUAGCCUUACUUUGGCUGCAUUCCCACCACGUGUGUCCGCUGCACAGAUACGAUUUCAGAAGCUCAAAUUGUCUGAAAUUGUAUUUGUGUACAGACAUAUACGGGCCCAUUUCCCAUUAUGGGGCUGCAGACUCGAUCGUAGUCUGCUAGUGAUCAUGAUCUGGUCAUUUUCUCAGCAUGUCAGAUUUUUUACAUAGACUGAAAAUCGUGGUCUGCCAUGACAGGCUGGGAGGUGGGAGUGAGCGAGAAGGCUUGCCGUGGCAGUUCUUCGCAUCUAAUACAGCUGACAGAUUCCCUACUGGAAUUUGUUUUGCUUAGAAAGUGCAGUAUAAGCUAUUAUUAGAGAAUGAUUUAGAGGUUCUUGUGUAGUUCUUCUCCUUACCUGUGUUAACGGAUGUGGCAGGUAUGGGGCAGGCUCCAUGUUGGAUGCACAGAGAAUCUGUGACUCCUCUGGCCUUGGCUGAGGUGUUUGAUUAUUAAAUCUGGUCAUCUCAUCAGGCUGCUAGAUCACCCAGCUGAAUGUAAUAGACUCAAAAGUUGGUUUGGGUCAAUUCACAUUACAAGCAGAUUUCAUGAGUUUUCUUACUCAGUGCUUUUUUCAGAGAAACAUUACCAUGAGACAAAAGUGAUUUCACCUAUAAUCACAAUUAAGGAUAGGGGAUAAGUUUCAGAUCGCGGGGGAGUCCGACUGCUGGGGAACCCCAGGAUCUCCCCUACGGGGCCCUCGGCUCUUAGCAGAAAUAACGCGUUUUGACCGCCGCAUGAGGCAGCGGCCGACACGCCCCUUCAAUACAUUUCUAUGGCAGAGGCUGAGACUGACCAAUGCAGUGCUCCAACUCUCCCAUAUAGAUGUAACGAGGGGGCGUGUUGGCUGCCGCGUCAUGCAGUGGCCGGACGCCCCCCUGGCCGCUGAAUGCCAGGACCCCAUACGGGAGAUUGCGGGGGGCCCCAGCAGUUGGACCCCCGCGAUAUCUGAAACUUAUCCCCUAAGUUUCAUAUCCCGGAGUACUCCUUUAAGGUGUUUUAUGAAGAUUUAGGCUGUGAUCGCGCAUUAGAUUUUAAUUGCAUUUUAGCUGUUUUUGCAGCAAGUUUUCAAAUUCUUGGGUAAAAAUGACACAUUUUACUGUAUUUUGCAGAAAUGCAGUACAGUAUCUCCAUUUUUGACAUGGUUUGGGGAAAAACACAGCAAUAUGUGUGAACAUAGCCUCAAGGGAAGUGUAUUACUAUAAAUUCUAAUUUUUAUAGAGAUAGCACGUAUACAGAUCUGGGUGAGGAAGGGAUUUGGUAGGUGAGUAUGUCAUACUGUAGUCCACAAGAAGUCAAAACCCAUUAGGCACAGUAACUUUUUUUGAGUCAGACUGCUGAUCACAUGAUUCAUUUAGAGUAAAAAAAUGUAUAGAUGCAGCAGUGCUGGAAUAAAACAAAUGGCGCUGUAGGACUAGUGAUGGUGAGUUUGCAUAGUAUGGGCAAAAAUAACUCCAAAACACUGGAGUGCUCCUUUAAAUUAUUUUAGAAUAAAUUUUGUCUGACAUAGAAAAAAAAAUUGUGACCAGAAAUUAUCAGCUCAUGAGAAAAGAAGUGACUUUCCAAAAAGUAAACCAUAUGGUCACAGAUAUGAGAGACUAUGGACAAUGUGGUCCAUAUCACCUUCUCACUUGUCAUAGUGUUUGCCUAUGGGCCUUACCCAGGGCAAAAUUUAAACAUUAUGUAGGUAAGGGCCAGUUCACACUAUGUUUGGAGUUUACCGUUGUCGGAUCCAGUUGGGAGGAGCGAAAACCGUCCGCUCCAGUACCCCAGCCGGAUUCGGACGGAACCCCAUUCAUUUCAAUGAGCUGACCGGAUUCAAGUGCCGAUUCUGGUUUUUAGGUCCGGUGGUAAAACUGUAUAUGGCGUUUGACUGCGGUCGGCUCAUUGAAAUGAAUGGGGUUCUGGCCAGAUCCGGCUGGGGUACGGGAGCGGACGGUUUUCGCUCCUCCCAGCCGGAUCUGGCACCUGUACACUACAAACCCACCCUAAGUUGCCUUUUUCCUCAUGACCAGGAAUUCCCUUUAACAUUGUGGCUAAGGGAUUUGAGAACUGAAUAUUUGUCUGAUACGGAGAACUUUUUUUUCUUUUUAAAUGUGAGCUAUCUAGCAUUUUAUUGUAUAUUUUUCAACCGAGUAUUCUACUUUUACAGGUGUCUCGAGAUACGAUAUUUACAGUCAUAAUACCACUAUGUAAAGGUGUAUGCCAGCUCUACUAUGUAUAUAUAGAGUACAUGAAAUGUAGUCAUAUGGGAAUAUGUCCUAACAUAUGAUGUUUUCGAAUACUAAUCCAGUAAAAGUUUGUACUGUUAACAAUAUUUGGUCUCUGGUGUUGUCCAAAUCCGCACAUUAGAGAAAAUAAUAAAGAUUUGUAAUAAAUUACUGAACUGUC